AUGGUCCAGGUUGGAAGACUGCAAAAAGAUUGGCUGAUAGAAAAAAAAGAAAAAGCAGCAGAAAAAGGAUUAGAUUGUUGCUUUUGUAAAAAACGUGAAAAGAAAAACAAGCCAUACUACAUUGACAACGGGCCAGACCGCAGAGGUCACUAUGAUUCUACUGGAGAUGCAUUAAUCUACUACCAGAUGGGCAGGAUGGAUGGUGAACGUGCAAAUCAACCAUCAGAUCCCGCCCCACCUCCAGUUUUAACAAAUCCACCAUCUGGGGCUACCCCAUCUUCAAUUCCCUCAAGUGAACCACCUGAAUCUUCUGCUGAUCCAGGAUGUUGUAGUGGAGUUUGUACUGAACCCUUAAUUUCAACCAGUAGCUCGCCUGAUCCAGAUACAUGUUUCCAAUGCCUUCCUAGCGCUGAUAAAGUUGCAGAAGGACUCACAUCCACUCUCACCCAAUGCUCGGAGGUCAUGCCUUCGCCGGAAGCCAUCUUGUCUUUAUGUGUGGAAUCCAAAGAUUUCCUGGGGAAAAUCAUUUGGGAAGUAUUAAAUAUUCCCUGGCAAAUUAUUAAAGACUCUGGAGAAUGUGCUUGUGGAUGCUGUUGCGGUUUGAUAGAGUGUUGUUUAAAUAUAGAUUGUGAAUAG